UAUUUGCAGAAAUAAAGACAAAAUAAUGUCCUUUGGUGAAUCUAUGUGCCUUGGAAAAUAGGGAUUCGCGACAGCUAUGAUUUGCAUGCAUGUCUAAAAGGUAACCUGGGACUUGAUACAGGUGACAGUAACAGUUUUACAGAGAAAGACGGUUUCCCUGCGCCGUCUAGCGACCAGGUUCUAAUCCCUUUCACCUAUCAAGCCCUCAGAUUUCACAAUUCGCUAAGAAGGGGUCAAAUUAAUAAGAUCUCUAAGCCUCGUCCCAAACUCUAAGAUUCUGCGACUUCUUGGUGAUGUGCUUUUUGCCUUGGACGUGGCAAAAAACAUACGACUCAGGUUUCUCACUAGGCUCCUAACACGGGUGCAUCUCCUUAACCUGUCCCUAUCGAAAACAUAGUAUUUCUGAAUCAGCCCCUCUCGUCACGCUCCGCACCCGACAUCGCCCCACAGCGGGAAAACUAAGUGGCCUCCGCGGUCGCCCCCCUGAAUGGGAACUACAUCUCCCAAGGUGCCCGGGGGCGGGGGGAAGCCCAAUAGGAUUGGCCAGGAGUCGGUGACGUUCACUGUUUUGGCCCGGACGGUCACAUGUUUCCUUUGUUGUGAGCUGCUGCAGAGCCUGGUGGUGGCUCGAGGAGACGCUGGCGCUGAAGGGAGCGCUCCGCUGCUGACCGCUAAGGGACCGCAGGGACAGCCGCUGCUGGCCACUGCUGCUGGCCGCUUCCAGCCUUCGCCGAGAGAAUUCCUGCAUUAUGAAGGAAAAAUAAGCUCGGUUGCAGUACAGCUACACUCUAGAUCAAUUCUGAAAUUAUGUAUCUCAUUUGGACUUCGUAUGCUGACCUCCUCUGUCCCUUGUCCUUACUACCUAUUAGGCUUGUAAGUAGUACCUGAAAGCCCUGCAGAAAAUGUCCAGGUGUGAAAAUUAAGACAACACAAAUAUUUUGACUGAGGCUUUGAUCAAGCAAAUGCUGAAAAGACCCUCCUGUGCAAAUCACUUACCCUGGAAUCAACAGGAAGAAUUUGUAUUUUGUGCUGUUGUGGAGACUGGUUAAUGGGAGAGUUUUCAGAAAGUCCAGAGAAAAGAGGAAUGGAAGAGAAAAAGAUUAUGUACAGAAUGCAAGCAUUUAGGUGUCCUAAGAUGUUGUUACAGCCAGGUACUUUUCCCUAAACAAUUAGAAUAGCCUGGUGUACAUCUGCUCACGGAAAAUCCUAUCACCUAGACUUCAGGAAAACCACAUAAAGAAGAUCCCUAGCAGUCAUUUCUCAGCAAUUAUUUAGUCAACUGAUGUAACAAUGGUCCUAAUAUUGGGACGAAGACUAAACAGAGAGGAUCUCGGGGUGCGUGAUUCCCCAGCAAUUAAGCGUAAAGUUUUUGAGAUGGACCCAAAAUCUCUGACAGGCCACGAGUUUUUCGACUUCUCCUCAGGAUCGUCCCAUGCUGAAAACAUACUCCAGAUAUUUAAUGAAUUCCGAGAUAGCCGCUUGUUCACAGAUGUUAUCAUUUGUGUGGAAGGAAAAGAAUUUCCUUGCCAUAGAGCUGUCCUCUCAGCCUGUAGUAGCUAUUUCAGAGCUAUGUUUUGUAACGAUCACAGGGAAAGCCGAGAAAUGUUGGUUGAAAUCAACGGUAUUUUAGCUGAAGCUAUGGAAUGUUUUCUGCAGUAUGUGUAUACUGGAAAGGUGAAGAUCACAACAGAGAACGUACAGUAUCUCUUUGAAACAUCAAGCCUCUUUCAGAUCAGUGUUCUCCGCGAUGCAUGCGCCAAGUUCUUGGAGGAGCAACUUGAUCCUUGUAAUUGCUUAGGAAUCCAGCGCUUUGCUGAUACCCAUUCACUCAAAACACUCUUCACAAAAUGCAAGAAUUUUGCAUUACAGACUUUUGAGGAUGUGUCUCAGCAUGAAGAAUUUCUUGAGCUUGACAAAGAUGAACUUAUCGAUUAUAUUUGUAGUGAUGAACUUGUUAUUGGUAAAGAGGAGAUGGUUUUUGAAGCUGUCAUGCGUUGGGUCUAUCGUGCUGUUGAUCUGAGAAGACCACUAUUACAUGAGCUCCUGACACAUGUGAGACUUCCUCUGUUGCAUCCCAACUACUUUGUUCAAACAGUUGAGUUGGACCAAUUGAUCCAGAAUUCUCCUGAGUGUUAUCAAUUGUUGCAUGAAGCAAGACGGUACCACAUACUUGGGAAUGAGAUGAUGUCCCCAAGGACUAGGCCACGAAGGUCAACUGGCUAUUCUGAGGUGAUAGUUGUCGUUGGAGGCUGUGAACGAGUUGGAGGAUUUAAUCUUCCGUACACUGAAUGCUAUGACCCUGUGACAGGAGAAUGGAAGUCUUUAGCUAAGCUUCCAGAAUUUACCAAAUCGGAGUAUGCGGUCUGUGCUCUAAGGAAUGACAUUCUUGUUUCAGGUGGAAGAAUCAAUGGCCGUGAUGUCUGGAUUUAUAAUUCACAGUUAAAUAUUUGGAUCAGAGUUGCUUCUCUAAAUAAAGGCAGAUGGCGUCACAAAAUGGCUGUCCUCCUUGGUAAAGUAUAUGUUGUUGGAGGCUAUGAUGGGCAAAACAGACUUAGCAGCGUAGAAUGUUACGAUUCCUUUUCAAAUCGAUGGACUGAAGUUGCUCCCCUUAAGGAAGCAGUGAGUUCUCCUGCUGUGACUAGCUGUGUAGGCAAAUUGUUUGUGAUUGGUGGAGGACCCGAUGAUAAUACUUGUUCUGAUAAGGUUCAAUCUUAUGAUCCAGAAACCAAUUCUUGGCUACUUCGUGCAGCUAUCCCAAUUGCCAAGAGGUGUAUAACAGCUGUAUCCUUAAACAACCUGAUCUAUGUUGCUGGUGGACUGACCAAGGCAAUAUACUGUUAUGAUCCAGUUGAGGAUUACUGGAUGCAUGUACAGAAUACAUUCAGCCGGCAGGAAAACUGUGGUAUGUCUGUGUGUAAUGGCAAAAUAUAUAUCCUGGGUGGAAGACGGGAAAAUGGAGAAGCCACGGACACUAUUCUCUGUUACGAUCCUGCUACAAGUAUCAUCACAGGAGUAGCUGCAAUGCCCAGGCCUGUGUCCUAUCAUGGCUGUGUGACUAUUCACAGAUACAAUGAGAAAUGCUUUAAGCUCUAAGGCCAGGAUACUUCACCCAAGAGGCCACACUGAUCCAAGAUGAGAGAUUUUAAAAACUCCAGAGUUGGAAUUUGGCGUGUCUCCUUUGUGCCAAAUGCAUAAAACCUAAAAAUAAUAAUUGUGGUCCUUUCUCCCCAAAAUAUCAAUCUUUCAAACUGUAAUAAAGCCUUUCCUGUAAUUGAAAAAAAGAGGUGAGGGGUUGGUUGUUGUUGAAGGUAAUAGCGGUAUUGCUUGGGCUUUGAGACUGUACCUUUGUAAGUAUUUGUAAGAAACUUAUGUGGAAUAGGAAAUAAUGUCUGCAUACAUUUUAGGAAUUUGUGACUGGUCUCUUCAUUUUUGUGUAUUUAUCAGCAAGACUAUAUUUCUUAUUUUGUCAUAUAUAUAAAAAAUUUUAUGACUAGGCUUCAUUUAGGUUGAAUCACAUAAUGCUUAGAAUGAAUGCAUUCUAAGGGGGAAGAAAAUAAGUUUUAAAAAUCAUUGUCACUAAAAAUAUAUCCAAGCUGAUUAAUUUUACUGAAGAUUUUCUGUAAUUGAUAAAAAUAUGGUGACAACAAUUUGAAUAUCAUAAAAUAUUGAAUUACCAUGAUUUCGUUCUUACAAUUGCUGUCUUAUAUUAAAUAUAUUUUGGGGAAGAGAUUGGGUAGGAGAUAGAAAAGCAGAUGCCCCUAAAAUUGGGAUUAAAAUAUCAGGUUUAUUCCUAGGAAAAAAUUAUUUAAGACCCAUUGAAGGGAAAACGACCCACUGUGGCUCGCAUCUCUCAAUCCUCUAAGGAAGCUCCUUUUCUUGAACCUGGCAAAGGAGUCGAAGUUCAUUUUGCAAUAUUAUCUUGUGAAAAACAGGGAUAUGUUUUCUCCCUAGCCCCGUAGGGUUUGACCUCAUCAGUAUGGUGCUUUGGGUGAGGACCUCCUCCCUGGUUAUCCGACUUGCUUGUGAACAGCUAAAAAUCCUGGUAGUCUCUACUGUUAAGUUGCCUUUAAAGGAUAAACCAGGGACCACCUAGCUCAAUGGGUCCAUUUUUCUUUUAAAAUUAGCUAUCUGAAAAAACUAACAGCAGUAUGCAGUCUUCUAAGAUGAACCUGUCAUUUGGUACGCAUUGUGUAAAAUACUGAUCAACAUUCUCAAGCUUCUAUACAACAAAUUGCCCUUGUCUACAUUUUACAACUCUGGUUUAUAAAGCUUGCUAGUUUCCAGAGAGGAAUGUAAAAUUUUUUCUAAGGUAGAUGGAAUGGCAGGCACUGCAGCAUAAUUGAUUAUUGUUAUUCCUGGGUGGACAGAUAUAAUUUACAACAUUUUAGGGAUGUUCCAGGUAGCCUGCUGUAUUUUGACUUCCCAGGCACUAUUGUUAUCUACAUUAUAAUUAUAUACUCCUUGUCUUAGGAGAGAUGAUGAAAAUAUGUGAUUAUAGUGUCACCAGAAUUCUGUAAAAACCAAGGUAGGAAUUGAACAAACAUUGAUAAACUACUUUUUUUCUCUCAUCUUAGAAUGAUACUGAGAUUUCAAAUAAACUAUGGCAUCAACUUGAAUGCUUAGCUGAAAUCUGAAUUCUGAAGAAAACUAAAAAACGUUCACACUUUUAGGGAAUUUUUACUUUCAAAUCAUACUUUGAAAUGAUACAUACCUUUUUAUGAUAAUUAUCAGCAAUUCAAAGAACAAUACUCUGUCAUUUUAGUUGAAACAAUUGUAGGUAUAAUUAGGAUACUUAUUUUAAUUUGCAAGUAAACAUCUACUUUUUGCAUUAAUACCUUUUGUAGAUAAUGGAACCUAUUUAGUUCAGAAAAUUUUUUGCAGAAAAUGAGGUAAUGUAUGAGAAAAGUGUAAAUGCUGAGGAUUAUACAAAUGAUACUUGUUAUUUCAUGUUUAUUUGUAAGAUCAUGUCCAACCAUAAAUACAGACACUUCACACACAAAAGAAAACUUUCUCAAGAUAACUUGUAUUCUAGUAUUUUUGUCUAUUGUAAAAGUAUUAACUAUUUACUGGUAUUAUUCAUUUUUUUAAUAUCCAUGUCUUCAUUGUAGUAAAUUUGAAAUGAAAUCUGGUAGAACAGAAUUUGUUUACAUAUAGACCUUACACCUGUAUUGUUUAAUUUUUUUCUCUACAUAAUUUAAAACUACAUGAAUUAAGUAGGCCACCAAAAACUAAGCUUAAGUGCUAGGAAAUUAAAGUAACUAUUUUUAAAGUUACUCAAAUGACAGUUUAAUUUCCUUUAAUUAUUUACCUUUCUUUACUGAGUUUUGAUAAAUAAUGGUGUUAACAUUGAUAAAAUAAGGAAUUUUAGGGUUAAUUAUAUCAAAAGGAAUAUAUCAACCAAAUUUGUGUCAGAUUUUAUUCAUACUGUCAUCACAUAGUUGACAAAUUUGAUAAGUAAUGUUCAUAUAAGCCUUUGGGUUAGUAUAUAUAAUAUAUAUAUAUAUAUAUAUAUAUAUAUUAUAUAUAUAUAUAUAUAUCCAUGUGUGGAACAUAACAUAGUAUGAUCAUGUACACAUACACAAACUCUCAAGAAAUGUAUCAGUUUGUAGUGAUCAGAAAAAAAGCACAUAAAUUAAAAAUUAAUUGAGCUUAUUAAAUUUAAUUCCAGAAGAUCUUUUAUUUGGGCAUUUCUAGAAUACUUUUUUACAUUUGAAAGUACAUGAUGAGUAUUAAUCUGAUGACGUGUAUGCAGUUAGAAUCUAUAUAAUACAUACGGUUUUACAAAGUCAGAAAACAAAUUGGAGGUGGAGAUGCACUUGCUAAACCCACUCAGUGGGAAAGGGAAUUGAAGGGUAUGUUUUGUGAAUCAACAGAAAAGUACAGUUUGUUUCUUUCAUGAACUUUAAUUCUUUUCCACGUGUUCCUAUUAUGUGAGUGAACUAUAGACAGUGAUCUAAUUCUUACCAUUAGAAGACCUUCGUUUUCUACUCUAAUCUUCCCACUGACUAUAGCACAGGUAUGAAAUGGCAGCCUAUUGGAUCUUCAGUAACCUUUUUUUUCCUAGAUGACUAAAAUAUAGAUAUUUACUCCACUUAAACAAGGUGUUAAGGAAAAAUGAUGUAUAUACUCAGGGAGGGUAUGAACUUGUCAUUUUUGCCUAUUUGGGGUGUUUAAAGUGCCAUAACUAAGGAACCUUCUGUUCAUUAUUCUAGAGUAAAUUUAAUUGGGAAAAGGGGCUUCACAUGGCAGUGGUUGAACAUUCAUUCUUCUAUAUUUAGAAAGACGAAAAUGUUUUGUGGACUGAUACAUUUUCUCUUAGCGAAUAUGAAUUGUUUAUGUAUCUCUACUGUCAAAUACUCUUUUUGAAACUCAGGAAAGACAAAGGUUCAAUUAUAUACUACUUUUGUCAAUAUACAAACCAGGUGUGUAUUUCUUCCUGUUGUCUGGAUAUGGCAAUAGAUCUGUUUAAUUGCUGUGAGAACCCAUACAUGAAAAGAGAGGGGUUAAAUUGUUUAUGUGUGCCUGUUGUGUCUUGAGAUUUAUAUGUGGGAAAGACAUCUACUUCAGACUGUACUUUCAAAGAGGAGAGCUUGCUGUUUAUGUGGUGCCAAGUGAUAAGAUAUAAUGUCUCCUAAAGGCUUCGUUUGUAUAGACUGCCUUUAUUUUAGUAAACUCAAUACACCACAUAAUUUUGGCCUUAUUAGAAUUUGUUCAUUGUAUUGAAAGCCAGGUUUACAUCACCUCAACCAAUUAUUCUUUUUAGUUAAAUGAAUUUAUACAUUCAUACCACGUAACCAGAACGGGGCAAUGUGGUUGACCUUCAAGGCAGUAGGUUUGACUAGCUAGCUAUACUUUUUGUCAUAUCUAAUGCUAAACACCAGAAACCACUUGAGCCAGGAGUGUGAAUUGAUAAUUCCAGAGACAUUUUCAACAUACUUCAAACAUUUUUAAGUGUUUUAUAUGAAUAUUUUACAUUUGUGUGAUUGCCUAGAUAUUAAAUUUACUUAGUGCUAGAGAUGAUCAUCAUAAAUAAUUUUUUUAAAAAACAACUCAUAACUUAUUUUGUAUAUUGUUCCAAAGAAAAGAAUUGUUUAAUGUUUUAAAAAUAACUGCAUCUGAAUUUGUGCCUUAAGUUCUCUAGUGCUAUUUCAACUUUCAAUCUAAAUAAAGCUUACCUUAAAUAGGUUUCACAUUCGUUUCCUAUAGAGUAAAUAAAUUUCUUUAAAAAUUUUUUUUUCCAUUCAGUCCUUCUUAAAUUUUGUAAUGAGCACCAAUUGUGUGGUUGCUUGGCCAAGUGAGAAUGUUGAGAGAGGUUUGGGGGUGUUUGGAGUUUUAUUAUAUUUUUUUGGUUUUGAUACCAAGGUGCUUUUUACGAUAUUCAGAAAAACAUCUAUCCUACAUUGAUUAAGCCCUUGUAAACAUCACUUGCAGUAUCUACAUCUAAUGUCAAAAAAGGAAGUCUACUUAUUUUUGUUCUAUUAUGUACUAUUUCUUUUUUCUCUACAGACUUUCUUAUUUAACUUCCUUGAAAAAGUUCUUAUUCUUCCCUUUCCAAUCACCCUUCCCAUGGUUUAUUUAAAAUUUUGUUAAGAAUUUCUGGAGCUGAGACAACACAAUUAUAAAGUUGAACAAAAGUAUAAUAUGCUUUACAACUUUUACAGAUCUUUGGCGGCCAAAUGUCAUUUGCCUUCAAUUAGAGGCUACAGAGUCUUCACAGUGAAAAAAAAAGGCUUUGUAUUUCUCCUCAAUUCAGUUGUAGCACAUUAAUGCUUAUAUAUUUUGUUUAAAUAUACUUUGUGCAUAGUAUUUUUUAAAAGUUGUAUCUAAUGUAUCUAAUAAACCAUUAUUACUUGACUA